UCAGAGGAGGCAGCAUAAACAAGAUCAAACUAAAACCGUCAGCUGUAAACAAUCGGAGUGCAUUGAUUGCAGUUCGUCUGUAAUCAGAUUACAGAUUACAAAGUGGUUUCAGGAAAAAGAAAUCAGGAAAAUGGCAUAUUACCCCCAGCAACAGCAACAACCAUUUUACAACCCAAAAAUCCCUUUUACUGGCUCAAUCCAAGGAGGCUUGAGGGAUGGAAAGACAAUCAUUGUAUGUGGACGGGUUUUACCUGGAGCAAACAGGUUUCAUGUGAAUCUCCAGUGUGGUUCCAGACCAGAUGCUAACAUUGCCCUGCACUUUAACCCACGUUAUGACUCCAGUUCAGGAUACAUUGUGGCUAACACUAAGCAGAAUAACUCCUGGGGUAUAGAGGAGCGCAUAUACCAGUCUUACUUUCCCAUGGGAAACGCUUUCAAUAUGCAGAUCUUGGUUACAACCCAAUCAUACAAGAUAAGUGUCAAUGGCAUCCACAUCAAGGAUUACGUUCACCGUAUCCCAUUUAACAUGGUGGACACGAUCGGAGUUGAUGGGAUGGUGGAGGUUAAUACCAUCAGUUUCCAGGAUCCUGUGGGUUUUGUACCUGCCCAAGCUGGAUUCCAGCCACAGUUUGCUUAUCCUAAUGCAUGUAGUGCACCUGCAUUUCCUGCUCCAGUAAACUAUAGUGUCCCAUACAAAUCCAUCAUCAAUGGUGGAUUGUAUCCUGGCAGAAACAUUACCAUCCAAGGUGUAGUUAAUCCUCAAGCUUGCAGAUUUUCCAUUAAUCUGCGUCACAGAAGUGGGAUAGCAUUUCAUUUCAAUCCACGAUUUGAUGAAAAUGUGGUUGUGCGCAAUACCCAAACAAUGGAGAAGUGGGGCUCAGAGGAGCGCUCCGGAGGAAUGCCAUUCCACAAGGGGCAAAACGUCCAGAUAAUCAUCUCCUGCAAUCCCCAUCAUUACAACGUGUUUGUCAAUGGAACACAAAUCUGUACCUACAGCCACCGGUUCACCAGCCUGGGGGAGAUUGAUGUUCUGGAGGUGACUGGCGACUUAAGCCUGACUGCUGUAACUGUCUAGGCUUUUUAUUUUUUAAACUCACAGCGUAUCAUUAAAUUUUUUUAAUAUACUUACUGUCUUUUUAUUACAAUUAUAAUAACAAAAUAUAUGAAAUGUAUUCAUUCAAACAAUGCAUUUUCAAUAUGAUAUUUUAAUAAUCCUUUUCAAUUACAUAUAACAAUAAUGUCUUGAUAGUUACCUUUAACCCAAGCAAUAAAGCAGUGCCAUCUGGUACUAUAUGUCUGAAA